AUGUUCUUCUUGAAAGAUCUUUCGCUAAACUUGACCCUACACCCCUCCUACUUUGGGCCCCAGAUGGACCAGUAUUUGAGAGACAAGCUUUUGAGCGAUGUGGAGGGAACCUGUACCGGUCAGUUUGGGUACAUAGUGUGUGUUUUGGACUGUAUGAAUAUCGAUGUCGGCAAGGGUAGAAUCAUACCAGGCAUGGGAGUGGCCGAAUUCGAGGUCAAGUACAGAGCCGUGGUGUGGAAGCCGUUUAAGGGAGAAGUAGUGGAUGCAGUGGUGACUACCGUGAAUAAAAUGGGGUUCUUUGCUGACGUAGGUCCAUUGUCAGUGUUCGUGAGUACCCACUUGAUUCCUUCAGACAUGAAGUUCAACCCAUCUGCCAACCCCCCAGCCUACGUCAGUCCCGACGAAAAUAUAGAGAAGGGUUCCAGAGUGAGAUUGAAGAUAGUCGGUACUAGAACAGACGUGAACGAGAUUUACGCUAUUGGUAGUAUCAAGGAGGAUUACCUUGGACCAAGUCCAAUGUAA